ACACAAAAAAGUACGGAGUUCACGGUUUCCAAUCUGUCGGUGACGUCCCUCUUUAUUACUCCCUAUCAAACAUUCACACGCCUUCCGACCUAACCCUAAUCCCUCCGCCAUUCUAAAUCCCGAUUUAUCGCAGUUGGAUCCCCCAAACGAUCUCUUCCUCUUGUCCGAGGUACCUCCUUACUCAUUUCAGUUUCAAAUCUGUGCGUGUGUGGAUCGGACAAACCCUAAUUCAGUAGAGCUUGUUUUCCUGUUCCGGUUUGGUUUUUGUCAAAAUUGUAUUCGAUUCUCAUAACCCGAUUCUUGUUUCGUUUAUAAAGGUCUUGACUUUUAGGGUUCGUAUUUUGCUUCCUUAGAAAGAUUUUUUGGGGUUUUAGUUACUUUUUCCCAUUUUUGUUGAUUCGAAAGUAUACAGGGUUCAAGGUCAAUUAGGGUUUCAAUUAUUGGAAGUUUUUGGGGCUAGAGCUGUCUGGGUUUUUAAAAAAAAAAAUUAAGUUAAUACAUUUUAUGGCCUUUGAAUGCCACAAAGCUACGGAGGUUGGUUUGUCAAACAAUUUGGUGCAUUCUGUUGAUAGAGCUAGUGGUGAGCAACUUGAGUUUGAUCAGAUUAAAUCCCUUAGUGGUAAAGAAAAUUUGACAUUUGAUUCAAAAGUAGAAAUUGAGUCUGAAAACACUAAACCCAUUAUAGAAUUUCGUCCCAAGGAGGGGACUUUGGCCCUGUCUAGUGCGAAAUCAUUGCCUGGUAAUGAGGUUUUUUCUAAUUAUUCUCGGUCAAUUACUGACCUUCCUCCGGCGUUGAUAUCUGAAAUCCUUAAUUGCCUUGACCCAAAGGAGCUUGGUAUAGUUUCCUGUGUCUCUAAUUAUCUCUAUAGUCUCGCAUCUGAACACAACGUCUGGAAGGAAUUCUAUUUCGAGAGAUGGGGGCAACCCAUCGUCCCGACACCUCUUGGAUCGGGUUGUUCAGCCAAGAAGACUUGGAAAGAACUCUUUGUAGAAAGGGAAUUUCGGAGCAAAACCUUUCUUGGACGUUAUAGUGUUGAUGUUUUAUAUGGCCACGCUGAAGCAGUUCGCACAGUAUUUCUCUUGGCUUCUAAGAAGCUCAUAUUUACUUCUGGGUAUGAUUCGAUUGUUCGUAUGUGGGACAUGGUGGAAGGCUUGGCAAUUGCAUCCUCUCGUCCGCUUGGCUCUACUAUCCGAGCAGUUGUGGCAGAUACAAAACUUUUGAUUGCUGGGGGUACUGAUGGUUUCAUACAUGGCUGGAGGGCAGAGGAAGGACUACCUAAUUUGUUUGAUCUUGAAGGUCCUAAAAACCAAAAGAGCUCUGAGUUCCGACUCUGGGAGCACGAAGGCCCCAUUACUUGUCUUGCUUUGGAUCUGACUAGAAUUUAUAGUGGCUCUUGGGAUAUGACUGUCCGUGUCUGGGACCGUUCCCUACUCAAGUGCAUGAAAGUUUUGAGGCACAGUGACUGGGUUUGGAGCCUCGUUCCUCAUGAUACUACGCUGGCGACCGCAGCAGGCUCUGAUGUGUAUGUUUGGGACAGUAAUACUGGGAGUCACAUUGCCAUGGUUAGCGAUGCCCAUGUUGGCAACACUUGCUCUUUGGCUCGAAGCCACACAGGGAAACUCCUUUUCACUGGGGGAGAAGAUGGGGCUAUUCACAUGUUUGAGCUCAGCAAUCAUUUCGUUGAGGAUAAUUUGCUGCAGCAGGUUGCAACAUGGAUUCCUCACUCUGGUCCUGUGAAUUCCCUUGCGUUCGAGUUCCCAUGGCUUGUUUCGGCUUCCAGUGACGGGAGGCUUUCACUUAUUGAUGUGCGGAAGUUGUUAAAGGUGAGCAGAAGAUCUGCAAUUAAAAACUCUAAAAGGGUAUGCAGUCAGGCAUACCAGAACCAUGUUGAGCCCCCGCAGAGAAUGUUACAUGGAUUUGGCAGCAAUUUAUUCUCAGUGGGCAUUGGUUGUGAUCGUGUUGUGUGUGGAGGCGAGGAAGGGGUUAUUCGGAUCUGGAACUUCUCACAGGCUUUGGAGAUUGAACAGAGGGUUCAUGCUUCAAGAGGCAUGCGACUGGAGAACAGGAUGAGGCGCCGCAAGAUCCAAUUUGAGAUGAACAGUAAGGGUGGCCGUGAGAUGAACAACAAGGGUGGCCGUGCUGAACAAUGCUCAGUUGCGGCAAAGAAGAACCCUGUGAAUCGUGAUAGGACUGGUGUAUUUCACGUUAAGCGUGGGGUGAGUGGGAAUCCCAAAGCGUAGAAGUGGAUGCUGCUUUCUUUGUUGCUUGCCAUUGCAAGACUUUCCUGGCUAAGAAUACUAUAUACAUUUCAUCAUUUUAGCAAGUCUUUUAGCUCGAACUAGCAUUUGGAUUCUUAACACAAUGUUGGUUUGGUGGUAGUCUUUGGAUUCUUAGCGUUUGGAUUAUCUCGCAACUCCUCACAUUUACCCUUUUUACCCUGGUAAAAGGAAUCCGCUAUUAUCAAUGUGACAUUUCUGGUUUGAUUUGGAAUAGGCAGUAAUGAAUUGACUAAUUCAAAUGGCA